GAAAAGGAGAGAGAGAGACAGGAGAGAGAGACAGAGGAGCGAGAGAGAGAGGAGCGAGAGAGAGAGAGAAGCGAGAGCGAGAGAAGCGAAAGAGAGAGAAGAGACAGAAAAGAGAGAGAAAAGGAGAGAGCGAGAGAGAGAGAGAAAAGGAGAGAGCGAGAGAGAGAGAGACAGGAGAGACAGAGAGGUGAGAGAGAAGAGAAGAGGGAGAGAAAAGAAGAAGUGAGUGAGAGAACAGAGAGAGACGAGAGAGAAGAGUAG